AUGACCAAGAUUCUUGUGACGGGUACGUCGCGUCUACAGGUUCCCGCACCCUUUGCGAGGAGAGGAAAGGAAAGGAAAGAUGUGCGAGUGCUGACUUGGAACUUGCUGUACGACGACAGGUGGCUCGGGCUUCAUCGCCGGUAUGCCCAAUUCCCCCCCUUCCCUCCCUCUUCGCCAGAGAAACCCCCACAAGCGGGCGUCCUUUCCCACGACGGAUGGCUAACGCAGACGCGGAACAACAACAACAGCGCACCUCGUGGACCAGCUCCUCGCGGCGGGCCACACGGUGGUGACGACGGUGCGCUCCGAGGACAAGGCCGCGCGGCUGCGCGACGCGCACGCCGACAAGGGCGACAGGCUGAGCGUCAUCGUGGUGGGCGACAUUGCCGUCGAGGGCGCCUUCGACAAGGUGGUGGAGGGCACGCCGGGGCUCGAGGUGGUGAUGCACACGGCGACUGGAUGUUGGUUUGCGGCGGGCGGGAGGCCAGACGGAUAGGGGAACUCUGUUUUACGGAGCUCAUCGACCCAGCCCUCGUCGGCACCACGUCCAUCCUCCGCGCCGUGCACCGCUCCGCCCCCUCGGUGCGCCGCGUCGUCGUCACCUCGUCCUUCGCCGCCGUCCUCACGGAGACGCUCCUCGACGACCCGGCCACCACCUUUUCCGAGGCGUCGUGGAACCCCUCCACGCUCGCCGACGUGCACUCCUCCCCCGCCACCGCCUACCGCGUCUCCAAGACGCUCGCCGAGCGCGCCGCCUGGGACUUUGUCGCCCGCGAGAAGCCCGCCUUCGACCUCGCCACCGUCUGCCCCCCCAUGGUCUACGGCCCCCUCGCCCCCGGCGUCGGCGUCGCGUCCCUCGACGCUGUCAACACCUCAAAUGAGCGCUUCGUCGCCAUGCUGCGCGGCAAGUGGGCGUCCGAGAUCCCCGCCACGGGGCCCGUGUCCAUCUGGGUUGAUGUGCGGGAUGUGGCGCGCGCGCAUGUCCUCGCCAUGGAGAAGCCGGAUGCUGGCGGCCGACGCCUGUACACGGUGGGCGGGCGCUUCUCCAACCGCCGCCUCGUCGAGAUUGUGCGCGAGCGCUUCCCCGAGUACAAGGACCGGCUCCCCGGGCCCGACGUCCCUGGUGGCGAGGCGCCCCCCGCGGACAAGAACUUCAAGUACAACAACGACGAGACGGUGCGUGUCCUGGGCAUCAAGUGGACGAGCCUCGAGGACAGCGUCGAGGGCGUUGUGCAGUCUCUCAAGAAGUACGGGUUGUAA